ACAUUGCGGUUUUCUGCCGUUGUAGCCGGAACAGGAAGCUCUUCCUUUCUUUUCCAUCGUCUUGUUCGGCAUAGUUGCUGCUGGAGUGGUUUGCAAUCUUGUUUUUCUGCAGACCUACGUGGUUAGAAAACACGACUGUGUCUUCUAGAGCAAAACUAGUCCGGGGUACAUUAAAAAAAAAGACUGGCCGUAUUUAGUCUUGCAUAAGCUUUCAUGGGUCAGCGUUCACUUUGAGUAGCUACCGCCAGAGAGACGACAGCAGCAUUGUUUUGUUUUUUCUUCUCUCGUACUGCACAUGGCGGGGACGAUGCGAGGGCCGUUGCUGGACGCCAUCAGGAAUAAAACGGUUGCUGCUAAGCUUCUGUCUUUUAGCGGAUUAUUUGCUGUACAUAAACCCAAAGGGCCCACUUCAGCAGAUGUGCUGAACCGCCUUAAGGCGAUGCUAUUGGCAGAAGCUGGUUUGCCAGAGCCGAGUAGGAAUAUGAGGAAACAGAUUCUAAAGAUUGGACAUGGUGGGAUUCUAGAUAGUGCUGCUACUGGAGUACUAGUGGUUGGCAUUGGAAAAGGAACAAAAAUGCUGAGUGACAUGUUGGCAGGUUCUAAGAAAUAUCUAGCCAUUGGCCAGCUGGGAAAGGCAACUGACACAUUUGAUUCUUCAGGGAAAGUAACAGAAGAAAAGCCUUACCAUCAGAUAACAAAAGAAGAGCUUGAGAAUGUUUUGCAGAAGUUCACAGGGAGCAUCAUGCAAGUUCCUCCACUUUAUUCUGCCCUGAAGAAGGAUGGACAGAGAUUGUCAACACUGAUUACAAAAGGAAAAACUGUGGAAGCAAAGCCUGCCAGGCCAGUUAUAGUAUACAGUCUUUCUCUCAAAAACUUCAAGCCACCCUUGUUCACACUUGAUGUUGAAUGUAGCGGUGGCUUUUAUGUCAGAAGCUUGGUCAACGACAUUGGCAGAGAGCUCUCAUCCUGUGCCUCUGUUCAGGAGCUGACUCGAACAAAACAGGGACCAUUUACCUUGGAAGAACAUGCUCUUUAUGAAGACAAAUGGACAAUUGAUGAAAUUGCCCAAUCCCUGGAGCAUUGCAUGCCUCUUCUCUCUGUAGAACCAUCUCGUAAAAAAUUAAAGACUGAGCUGUCUGAAGAACACACCAUGAGCUGUGAAGAUAAGUGAUAAGUCAGGUCAAGGAAAAAGACUGAAUGACUGAGACGUUUUAAGAUUGCUGUGGGAUUGUCUUGUCUCCCCCUGUAAAUUUACAGUCCUGUGUGUGGAGGAUGACAAAUUACAAUGCAUUGAAAAUGAUAGCUUUCUAUCUUUUCUGUUCAUGCUGAAACAAACACUAGAAGAUGUCCAGCAUUUUUUAUUUCCUCUUGUAUCUCUAGGAUAUAUUGUAAAUGUAUUUGUCAGGGAAGCAAGACUUCUUGCUGCACCCUUGAAAAGAGCUUCCAGGAUACUUUUUUAAAAAAAAUCUCAAUUAUUUGUUUAUGUGAAGUCAUUUUGAGCUUUGCUAAAUUGGUCUAGACAUUGUGAUUGAGGACCAAAUUUUAUUUAACUAUAUUAUGAUUGAUUUAAUGUAUUGGAAUAUUGCCUAAUAUAAUUUCACACAGCAAUAUAUAAGGACCAGAAGCAGUGUUUACUUUAGAUUCUUUCCUCCUACCCCCUAGAUUUCUUGAAGUAAAAAUUAUUUUAUCCCCAUGAAAUGAGUUUGCUGAUGGGAAUGUCUUAGAUCAUCUGGACAAGGUCGCCUUAUUUUAUUGUAUCAAUGUUAAAGAUAUCAGUUUGAGAUCACUACAAUAAGUGACUCUUUUAAAAUACAUUGAUGUGGAAAUGUGACCCCUUCCCUGUGCAUUUUAAAUUACUAUGUAUGGUUUUAUUGUAUUUUAUAUUCGUAUGCUGUGAGCCGCCCUGAGCCUGCCCUGGCGGGGAGGGCGGGAUACAAAUAAAAAGUAUUAUUAUUAUUAUUAUUGACACAACUGA